AGUCCCCUUAUCCUUUUAUCUUACUUUCAAGUAUGAUAUGUAAAUUUGUGAUGAAUUGACAUGUAAGAUGUGUGGAUUCAUUUGGUUGUUGCGCUACUCCACUCUUUUGUUACUCUAAACCCACUCCGAUGGCUAAUUGCCUAAUUAGUAAUUGGGCCUAUGACUAUUUGAGUAUGGACUCGAGUAUCCCAAAAAUCAGAGUAAAACCCAGAAAUUCAAAAACCCUCCUUCAACCUCCCAAUAUUGCUACAGAUUCCUACUUCCAUGGCUCCCCUCUUCAGAAUAUCCCGAAAAUGUCUUCCUUCUUCAUUCCCUUUCUCCGGCAACCGUCUAUGUUUACCUCUUCUCCAACCACUUCGACACUUCCUCCAUUCUCCCACACAAAUUCGUAGUCACUCUUCUGAAACGACGAAGUUCCUAUCACCGUUUGAUUCCAACAUUAUUCGAAUACUUCGCACUGAACUCGAAUAUCAGACUCAAUAUGCUCCUCCUCAAGAGCCUCCUGCAAGUUUCAGUUUCUUCUCCGUUGAAGACCGCCCAGGUGAGCAAUAUGUUAGGCUCCGACGCAAAUUUGGCGAAAAAGAAGAUAUCAAUAUUGAGGCUACAAUGUUUGAUGGUUGUGUAUCCGACCCAAAAACUGGGGAUGAUACCGAUGGCGAAGAUACUCGUCUUCACAUAAGCUUGCUGGUUGACAUAUAUAAGGGAGAGGGAUCUGAUGGAUUGGGAUUUGUGUGCUCUGCAUGGCCAGAUGGCUUGGAGAUCAUGAAAGUCUACAUGCUUCAUGGCAACAAAUUGCUACCUAAAGCUCACAUGGGUCCUAAUAUAAGAAAACUGGACCCUAAACUCCGUAAGGCACUUCAUCAAUACUUGGAAGCAAGAGGAGUGGAUGGUGAACUUUCUGUUUUCUUGCAUCAUUACAUGGUCAACAAGGAUAGAACCGAACUCCUGAGAUGGUUAGAAACUGUCAAGUCUUUUGUCGAAAUGUAGAGUGCCUUUCUGGCAUCCUCGGAAGAUCAAAUGUAUGGUAAUGGCAUUGAAUUUACUUAGAUUUAGGCGGUAUAGAAUGUUCCAUUAACAUAAAUAUUGUUCAUAAUAUGCAAUUUGUUGCUCAUAUUCUCCUUUUUAAAUUUUUUGCUUAUUGAAUGUUGACAAAAUUGAUAUAUUUUGAGAUCAAUACAUUAUUGGUGUGAUGACAUGAACA